AAAUUAUGUGAUCCAAAAUAUUAAUUCCCAAACCCAAAGAUAUAUUUUGACCAUUUCAAACCCAAAAUGCUUUCGGAAUCCAUAUUGCAAAGUAAGUCGAUUUCAUGACUGGCAACUAAUGUUGUUUCAUAGAAAUUUCCAACCUCUCAUCAAUAAAUAGAACUUCUAGCAUCCCAAACUACACCAACAACAAUAUUAUAUCCUCUGUACCUCACACCCUCUUCUCACACAACCAUGGCAAACUCUAUAAACAAAAAAAAUCACAUGAAAUUCACCUUGCUAUCUCUCAUUUCCCUAUUGUACCCGCUAGUUACUAACUCAUACAACCCUGAUUAUAAUUUAGCCAUCAAUUGUGGCUACUCAACAAACACUACUUCCUUAGACAAUAGAAUUUGGGUGGGUGAUAAUGAUAUUGAAAAUUCCAAUCUCCUUUCCUUCACAGAACCAACAACUACAAACCAAUCUUUCAUAACAAAACCUAUUUCCCUCUCAAAUACUCAAAUUCCAUUCACAACUGCACGUGUCUCUAUCUCAAAUUUCACAUACUCUUUUCCUAUCAACAACAUCACUAAUUCCCCUGUUUUUAUUCGCCUUCAUUUUUACCCAACAUCUUAUCAAAACUUUGAACUUUCUAAUGCAAUUUUUUCUGUUGAAGUAAACAACAACCUCACUCUUCUUAAAAACUUCAACCCUUUACAUUGGGCUAAGGACAGUACAAUCAUCAAAGAAUAUUGCAUCCAAGUCAAACCACAUGAGAAGCUAACCAUAACUUUCAUUCCCAAUCCUAACAGCAUAAACCAAUCAAAUCUUUAUUAUGCUUUCAUUAACGGAAUCGAAGUUGUGUCCAUGCCACCUUUUCUCUAUUACUCAGACCUUUCUGACUUGAAUUAUCAGAUAAGAUCAGUUGACACAGACACCACAGAUUACAAAAUUCAAAACGACAAAGCUUUGGAGAUGGUUUAUAGAGUGAAUGUUGGUGAUAAUCAAGUUCCACCAAGUAAUGAUACAGGUAUGUUUCGUAAUUGGGAUAAUGAUUAUCCUCUUUACUUGGAGAAACAAUAUCCACAAAGCGUGUCAAGUGAUUUUGGCGAACAUCUAAACUAUUUAAAAAACAACGUUCCAAAUUACACUGCACCAGAAGCAGUUUACUUAACUGCAAGAACUUAUGGGUUGAAUGUGAAAGAGGAUUAUAAUGUAACUUGGAAUUUUGAAGUUGAUUCUACUUUUACUUAUAUGGUAAGGUUACAUUUUUGUGAGUUUGAAGAGAUUAUCAAAGACCAAGGUUAUAGAGUCUUUCAGAUUUUUAUAGAUGAUAUUUUGGCUGAACAAUAUGCUGAUGUGUUUUCGUGGAGUCAUGGUCGAUUGGUUCCUGUUAAUAAGGAUUAUGCUGUGACUAUGUACACUCCAAAAGGAAGCUCUCAAAUUGAAAAAGUUAAUCUUACAAUCAAGCUUCAACGCAUGCCAAUUCAUUCGAAGCUCGCACCAAAAUAUCGUGAUGUCAUAUUGAAUGGAAUCGAGAUUUUCAAGAUAAGUGACAACAAUAACAAUCUUGCAGGAGUAAAUCCCAAAUAUUUAUCUCCAAAAGAACCAUCAUCACCUAGUCCACAAUCAAAGUCAAAGAACUCAACCAUAGUCAUUUUUAUUGCGGUUGGUGUUUCAUGUCUUUUGCUAGCAUUUGUUGCUACUGGAAUAAUAGUUUUUGUUAGAAGGAGAAAAAGAUUUGAGUCUCAUUUUGAAAUGGAAGAAACUUCAUGGAAAACAAUAAAGAGAGAAGGUUCGUCGACUUUACCAUCCCAUUUGUGUCGCUAUUUUACAAUAGCGGAGAUAAAAGCUGCUACAAACAACUUUGAUGAUAUAUUUAUCAUCGGGGUUGGAGGGUUCGGGAACGUGUACAAAGGUUACACCGAUGGAGUUACACCUGUUGCGAUAAAACGUCUUAAACCGGGUUCUCAGCAGGGUGUAAAUGAGUUCAUGAAUGAGAUUGAGUUACUCUCUCAGCUUCGUCAUAUUCAUUUGGUUUCACUCAUUGGAUAUUGCAACGAAGGUGCAGAAAUGAUUCUCGUUUACGACUUCAUGCAACGUGGCACUCUUCGUGAAUAUUUAUAUGGUUCCGAUAACGAACGUCUUACUUGGAAGCAGAGACUCGAGAUUCUAUUGGGUGCGGCAAGAGGGUUGCAUUAUCUUCAUACUGGUGCGAAGCACAGUAUCAUACAUCGUGAUGUGAAGAGUACUAACAUACUCUUGGAUGAGAAAUGGGUGGCUAAGGUUUCUGAUUUCGGGUUAUCAAAAGCGGGACCAACGGGAAUGGCUAUGACCCAUGUCAGCACUGUGGUGAAGGGUAGUAUAGGGUAUUUGGAUCCAGAAUACUACUUGCGCCAAAGGUUGACUCUAAAGUCUGACGUGUACUCUUUCGGUGUUGUGCUUCUUGAAGUGUUGUGUGCAAGACCUCCUUUGGUUCGUUCUUCGGAAAAGAAAAAAGCAAGUUUGGUCAUUUGGUUCCAAAGAUGUUACAAGGAAGGCCUGAUAGUUGAAGAAUUGGUCGACCCGUUUAUAAGGGAUUCUAUAACAAGUGAGAGUUUGAAAUGUUAUUGUCAAAUGGUGUUGAGUUGUUUGCAUGAUGAUGGAAAUCAACGAAUGUCGAUGAGUGAUGUGGUCGGGGCUUUAGAGUUUGCAUUGCAGUUGGUAACAACGGAGGAGGAUAGUAAAUUUGGAUGGACCAAAGAAAAAGAAAAAAGUGAGCAAAGACUGUUGCCGCAUUUUACGAGUGAGGACGGUAGCGACGUGUUCACGAGUAGUAGUGAUGACUAUGGAUCUCAAACAAGUAAGGUAAGCACCAUUUCAACCAGUACUGAAGGACAACCUAUGUUAUCUGCGAAGGUGUUUUCUGAGAUUGGUUAUCCAAAAGCACGAUAGAUAGAUAGAUGUCAUGUAUCCUAAAAUUUUCAAUUGUGUAUUUUUCAAAAGAUAAGCCAAAUAAUUAUAAUGUAUAAUUUGAUCAUUUCUAA